CUGCAUCAGCUCCUGCAUCAGCUCCUCCAGCAGCUCCUGCAUCAGCUCCUCCAGCAGUUCCUGGAUCAGCUCCUGCAUUAGUUCCUCAAGCAGCUCCUCCAGCAGACACAGCACAUUCUGAGGUGACGCUUGAGGGUUGGCACAAAAUGUGGGAGUCUGGUCCUUAUGGCCUCAGCAGCGCAGACAUAACGUGGCUGAAGGAGGACGCUGAAAGGGGACUUUUCCAGAAGGCAAUGUCUUAUAAAGACAAGCACGGCAGCACGAGGUGGAGGAAAGUCUUGAAGGACAACAGGAUGUGGUUUCACCCUCCUGAAUUUCCUGGAGUGGUGGAAGGAAAAGUCCCCUCAGCAGACUCCUUUUUUCAUGGCUCCGUUUUUUUCUGGAGACCAGUCGGAGUGUGGCGAUACAGUCUUCGAUGCCCAAGGUCUGACUGCCCGGCACGCUCUAGUCAGAAGGCCUUUCUGUACCGUUGUGGGUACUCAAAAACUGUCAGGCAGAUCUGCCACAUGUCUGGCUGGUACUCCAUGCUGACAGAAGUCCUGGCAUGCAAUGCUUGCAGAAAGGCUGCAAAGGAGUCUGAGGAACACUCCAUCGGUCGAUUCCUCUCAUGGGAUGCGUGCAUCCUUAACCAGCUCAGUCCAGCACACAGAGCGGUGUUCCCUGCUGUCUUGACAUUACGGCGUGGCGUGGACAAGCAGGUUAUCCGCCUGAUGAGGGAUCGCACCGAGGGCAACACCAUGGCCAAGGUGUGGAGGCAGGUCCUGGAGAGCCACUGCGAGGAGUACCUGCAAAGGAAGGACUUGUACACCACCCUCCUCAGCCAGUACAAAAAACCAGGGUCGAUCACACGGAAUUUUUGCCAACAAUUCCAGCGACCACCGGCGAGGAGAGAGCUGCCAUGUCCAAAGCUGUUAAGAAAGGCCUUUCUCAUCGCAGAAGCAGAUAACGUCGAGGACUACCGGACACAGAUUAUGUCUACUUUUGGCAAAGUCCUCAAGUACGACUCCACCAAAAAGAUCUGCAAGAAACUUUCCGGGGAUGGAAAGGGUACGGCAGAAUGGUGUACCAACGUGGCCAACGAGCUGGGCCAGAUCCUCACGUCAGUCCUGACUUGCGAGGAGUCGCUGGACAAAAUGCGGCCAAUGGCUGAAGGCCUCAUGGAGAGGUACAGAAGAGCUGACGAGGCACCUCCCGAGCUCAUGUAUGUGGAUCGCGGCUGCUGUCGUGUCCACGGCGUGUCUUCUGUGGAGCAGCUCUUCAGCGAGUGGACUGACAGGGGUAUGCUGGUACGGCUCGACAUCUUUCAUUGGAUCCAUCGAUUUGAUGCAGCCUUACGGACGGAUCACCAUCCGAAGUACGCCCUGUUUAAGUCCGCCCUAUCCGCUGCGGUCUUCGCCUACAACAAGGACGAUGUGGCGCUCCUGGUACAGGCCACACGUGCCGGUCACCCAACGCGCUACGCUUCCCUGACUGACAGCCAGAUCGUCGAGCUACAUGUAAGCAAGUCAGACCUCAGCCGUCAUGUCAGGAGGAUCACGUUGGGUGCCCAGGAAACCUGUGCACGUGUCCAGAGGGCCAUCGGCAUCUUGAAGGGAGCAGCUGGGAUGGAUGAGAACCAGGUGCACCUGUUCAAGGACGCUGCGGCCAUUGACCACAUAUGGGAGAACCAGCAGAAGCACCUCGAAUGCAUCCAGGAUCCGCCGGGGAGAAACAUGUACACCAUUACGAAGUAUGUGACCCGUAACGGUGUCCGUCUCCCAAGAUACAGCACAGUGAGAGGGAGCAACAGCCUGGAAGGCUUUCACUCUUUUUUGCCCAACAUGAUCCCUGGGCCCCACUGUGCUGCUGUCCCCUUCCAGGUGUAUCUCCUGGCUGGCAUUGCACGCUGGAACUCAGACAGGGAGUCGGCCAGCGUCAAAGGCCAAAAAGGGAGAAAGCACAUGGUGUACGUCUCUCCUCUGGUGCAUCGGCUAAAUGAAAGGUGUCAGGAACUGUUUGGGGAGGUGGAGGAGGCAAACUACAGGCCUCCAGUUCCCGCAGGGGAUGAGCGGAUCGGUUUGGAGUAUCUGUUCUCUCAGUCAUCAGAGCCUUUCAGUGCUCCAGACCAUUACGCUCAGACCAGAGAGACACUUCGAGCGGGUGAGGAUGGAGAGGAUGAGGUCUCCGUUGCUGCGGCAGAGGAGGAAGAGGAGGAGGAGGAGGACGUGGGAUACAACUCCGACACUGAGGUUGAUCGUCUGACUCCUCUGAGAAACAGUCUGUGCCUCACUGACCAGGUAGCGGCUGCAGAGUUCGAUCCCUGUGUGGAGGAUGUGUGCGGUCCCAAUCAUCUCCCUGGAUACCAACACGUAGAGGAUCUGUGCAAAGUCCUUGUUGAGAUCGCCUUGGAGGAGGGAAAGCUUGCGAUGAGUGACUCUAACAGGCAGAGGGUCAUCAGGGCCUGGAACAAACUUGACCUCCACGAUCGCAGCAUCCAGCAGUUUGACAGCCUUUACUCGGCACGCUGGGGCAAUGCUCUGUUCGGCCGAACAAGUGGAGAUCCGUCGGAGGCAUCUUUGGUGCAAAAGCUUAAGUUCAGCAAGCGUUACUCGGCCGCCCAUUUGGUUGACUCCAGAAAGAACCGUCUGAUGUACUGUCUAAUUAAACAGCUGUGGCUUCAUCCUGGUUCUGGAGGAAAGGGUCAGGGAUCGCCACUGAAGCAUCACAUCACAAAAAUGUACCAGCGUGUGCAGCAGAGAGUGACUGUGGAUGACGCUGAACUCAGCAAACUUGGUAUUCCGAUACUAAAAAUAAAUGCAAAGUGUGUUAGUGAGUUCAUCAGGAGGCAGGAGGCCUUGUCAGCCACAAAUGUGACAGAUCAAGGUUUGGCUGUGCUCCGUCGUCAUCAGAGUGUUUCUAGCACCAGCCAGCCCCCAGCGAUCGAGCUUCCUGACGAAAGACCACACACCAGCCGACCUACAGUGCAGUAUCAGGCCACUGAAUCUUUGGCAGGGACCAGAAAGCUUAAACCGAGACUCCCACAUCUCUUCUCUCUGGCCCCCGCUCCUCCCCCUCAGCUGUUACCUGCACCAGUCCAGACCAUGCGCACGUCCACGCCAACUCAGCUGAUGGGUGCACCCCUAACAGGACCUCCUGCAGUUUCCCUGCCGCAGGCAUCCAUUCCGCCACCGUCGGCAUCAAGAUCGACAUUCUACAAAAGAAAGAAAGCAGAGCGCAGUGGCAUGGAACAUCCAGCCACUGUAAAAGUGUACAUCUGUGCAAUGUGUGGCCAACCCACUCAAGGCCACAAAAAAUACAGGAAAAAGAGCUAUUGUGAAAGUUCUAAAGCAUCCACGUCCAAAGACCUUGCAGGACAAACUUUUGAGAAUUUUGAAGACUUUAAAAAAGCAGUGGACGUUCUCCUGGGCUCUCAAUCUCAGACAUCAGAGUUGGUCUAAGCCAAGUGCUUUUUGCUCUACAUACCACUCGACUUUCAUCAGUGUUAUUUUUAAUCAAAUGUUACCUAACAGUUGAUUGUUUUACCGUUUAUGUUGUGGUUGUGACAGUUUUACAGUUAAUUGCCAUUUAAUAAUGGUUUACAGCACUUUACUGGUUUAGAAUACUGAUGUCUUAUUUUAUUUUAUGGGUAAAAAGUAUGUUUUAUGGUUGUUGUUUUUUUACUUGAAUGACUGACCUGGAAUACUUGACCUGGCAGAAUGUUUAUUAUAAAUAGAUCACCAUUACUCUGUUACUAGCAUCUAUAUUCAAUAUAACUUUUGAUAAUACGGAGACACUGAUUACAAUCUAUUGUGCAAGCUUUUGUUUCGAGCAGGUCAACAACACGUUCAGAACCUUUUUCCUUUGCACUUUUAACAAAGUGAGUUCAGAUAAUUGAGAACAGUGUGAUGUUUGUUUUUCUAAAUGUGGCAAUGAUUAAUAAAUUAUUUUGUACAACUUGUAUUUUCUGACUUCCUCUGAUCUUUAUUUUAAUUCAGCCAAACAUCAUCAAAAUCCAUGACAAUCCAAGACAAAAUCCAUGACAUAAUAAUAAGCCAUCCAUUUUUAUAAUAAUGUCCCCCAGUAAGUCUGGUACAGGUGGUUGAAACGUCAAUGGCUGCUGACUUGGCUCCUGUGCAUUGUUCCAGGCCUGCAUGCAGUGUCUUCAAAAACACCUUUGUCCUUAUGUCGUCAAAAGGGAUGCCAUUAGAUUUCUCCCACAACCGCACUCAACAAUCAAGCUCCA